UCACCACAACCAUCCCCACCCACAGAUCAGGGUACAUUGUGGAGUCUGCAGGCCACCCACGGGCCCCGGACACUGUGCGCUCGGAGGCCUGGGUGGGUGAAUUCACUGAAGGAUGGCCGUGCUUUGCAAAGCCGUGGCCGACGGACUCCUCUUCUCUCUGAGCCUCGCUCUGCUGGGGUGGGGAGCCGAGGGCCAAGGGAACGGACGUGGUAUGAGAGAAGUGUCGGGCGGGUCCACCGUCUACCUCAGCCAGGACAGAGACAUCUGGAGGCCACUGAUCCACACAACAGUCAACCUCAGUGAGGUCAGCAGCAUCAAGUCGUCCUUCCAGCUACGGACGUUUGACCCAGAAGGCGUCAUUUUCUACGGAGACACCAAAGACGGAGAGGACUGGUUUGUUCUGUCCCUGAAAGACGGUAUCCCUCUGAUGCAGAUCAAGAAAGAGGACAUGCUGGUCAGCGUGGCAGGAGGCCCCAAACUCAAUGACGGGAAGUGGCACACGCUGGAGGUGAGCAACAAGGGGCAGUUUGUGAUCCUGGAGGUGGACGGCUCCAGUGGGCUGACGGUGGGCCUGAAGUCCAAACUGAUGGAGGAGGACCUUUCAGGGAAACUCCGAAUGGCUCUCGGCGGGAUCCUGAUCAACAAGAACAUGAUGAUUGUGGAGUUCGAGCCGCGCAUGGACGGCUGUGUGCGGGAAGGCAGCUGGCUGAACCUCAGCAGCCCCUGGGAGACCGAGGCCGGCGAGCUCUGGCCCUGCCACGAGAACAUCCAGCCUGGCAGCUACUUCCCCGGCUCGGGAGUCGCCAUCUUCGAGACGUCAGUUUUCACCUUGGACGAAGAUGGUGGGGUCCAGAUCGCAUUGGCGGGAGAUUUCAGUCACAUGCACGGGACCAUUUUCAGCGUCAAGGCUCCGGGGCGAGAGCUGACGGUCGCGUUAGUGGCCAACAACAACACAAAGGAGGUCACGCUCACUUUGGGCGAAGAAAGGAUCAGCAUGAAGAAAACUUUACAGAGACUGGUGCUAACGAUUCAACCAGAGUGGCUGAGAGUGGUUGAAGAGGAUCCCAGUGGCAUUGAGUCACAUGCCAUGCCACUGAGAAACCCUGGUGUUUGGAGCGCCUGGAGAGAGGGACGUCUGGCCAUUGGAAGUCUCCUGGGCGAAGGCGACGACAACGUGGGCUCCCACUUCUUGACGGGCUGUCUGAAGGAAAUCCAGGUCCAAGGGAAGGACCUGGAUCUGGAUUUAGCCAUCACUCUGAAGUCAGUCUCCUCCCACAGUUGCCCUGCGUAGAAAGUGUGCAUGUACAAUAUGUGGAACAGAUGUUUGCAGGUGGAACGCCACGUAUGUUAAAUGCAAAAUUUGUAUACACUAUGUAAAGCUGUUAACUAUAACCUGAUGACAGCUAAUCUUUCUGGUCAGGCGGCUAAUACCCAUUCUUCAGAGGAAUGUGAGAUUUGUAUGUUUUAACCUCUACAAUGAUCAGAAUUUUUUAUUGAAUAUAAAUAGAAGUAUCUUGCACUAGUCCUAUUGUAGCAGAAUAUGCAGAUUUAUCUCUGGAAUAAAUGUGAGCGAUUCUCUGACGUGUAUUUCUGCAAUUUAGGACAAAUAAACGAUAAUGCUGCUCUGA